AUGUUGUCGCCAUACGAUCGCCACGACCGCGCAUCGUCGCGUCGCGGCGUCUGGACCCAUUGGGUGCCGCUCGCCGUCACCCUCACCGUCGCCACCGUCGGCCUCGCCGCUUGGGUCUGGAGCCAGCGCAGGGACGAUGAAGACGACGCGGCCGACGACCAUGUUGGCUUGGACUACGACAACGCCGACUACGGUGACAACCCGCCGUACGGAGCCGCCGACGGCCACCCUUCUCCGCACCGGUCCCCGCGUCGAGACGAUGAAAGCUACGGCCUAGCCCCCGCCCCGGGCGACGCUUCCGCCGCCGGCUGGGGCGCUCGCAUGUCCGGCGCGCUGCGACGCACGCCGAGCCCGCAGCAGUUCUUCGAUUCGACCGGCAAGACCGUCGCCGCGGGUGUCGCCGCCGCCGGUGCCGUCGUGGGCAAGGCCCUGGCUUCCAUUCGAGAGGAGGACAAGGCGUACGCCGAGAACCCGUGGUCCGAGGAGGCCGACGCGAAGAAGAGCCGGUCCGGUCCGUCCUCCGGCGCGAAGCGGAAGACGGUCGCCGUCGUCGUCUCGGCCGAUACCCAAGUCCCGACGGCCGACGACCACGAAAUGGCCUCCAUCCUGUCUCACAUCCCGCGCCACAACGACUUCUCCAAGACGAAGCUGUACAUCCUGAUCUAUGCGCCCGACCUGAAAGACACGGCGCUGGAUGCCACCAGUAGUAACCGCCCGUCACCGUCGCUGAGCUCGUCGUAUUCUAACAUUGGCCACGAUGGAGCGCAACCCCCCGGCGACGAAUCCAAGCGGCCAGGCGCCACCAUGGCCUCGCCGACGAACAAUGCGGCGUUCGACGCCAUGUACUCGCAAGCGCUCACGCUCGUCGACAAGGAGCACAUGAUUUUGCCCUUUACCACGUCCAACGGCCAUGGCCACAUCCUCCGCCACAUCCAGCCGGAUAUCAUCUACCUCCAGGAGUCCCUGGCGGGCGAGAACGGCAGCAUCGUCACGAACCUCCAGACCUGGAUGCGACGCGACAUCAUGGUGGUCGUCGGCGCCGAGAGCGGCUCCGGCGGUCUCGCCGACAGCGAGUCCGAGGCGGAGAGGAGCGGCAAGGAUGAGCAGUGGUGGCAGAAGCCCGAGAGGGUCGGCCGCGGUCGCGGCGUCGUCGUCGUCGAUGGAAUGCGCGUGCACGACGACUGGGCUCGACGGGUACAAGGACGAGAAUGA